AUGUGCAGCUCAUUGACACUGAUGGAUGCGCCAAUGGGGGAGAGGGCGGAGGGAACUGAGAUUUGGAAAGCUGCGCCGGGAAGGAGAGGAGGAGGGGGAGCACGAGCCAGGGCGAAAGUCUCAGCCUUCCGUGCACGGUGCUCAGUGCUGUGCACUCGCUACAACCCGUGGACCCAAGCGGGCGCUCGGCGUGUGGAAGCUUGCCUGUUGCCGACGCCGCCGCUCCAGCCGCGCCGCGGGCAGAAGACUGGACCGCUGAGCCCCGGGCCGCGGCGGCAGCGGCGGCUGAGCGCCCCCACCGAUGCCGUGACCCUCCUGCCCGGGGGCGGGGACCCGGGCUUCACCGGCCGGGGCCGCUCCGGUGCUCCUCCUCCCACCCCUCUGCCCGCCUUCUCCCCCCACUCCCCGCCCCCCGGCCCCGAACCCCGCGCACCUCGCCUGGGGACGGGGCGGGGGGGGGGGGGGGAGGGAGGGCAGGGCUGCCGCUCCUCCCCGCCCCUCCUCCUCCGGCCUCUGGAGCGAUUUGUCAAACUUCCCAUUCCGCCGGCAGCGCGGUCCUCCUCCUCCUCCUCCUCCUCCUUCACCACCUCCUCCUCCUCUGCCUCCUCCUCCCCCCGCGCUCCUCCCUCCCCGCGCCUCCCUCGCCCGCCCUCCUUCUUCCCUCCGCACGUUCGGGGAUCGCGGCGGAGCGCGGAGCGGGGGGGACGCGGAGAGCCGGGGCGCAGCAGCAUCCUGCGGGCGGCCGCUCUCCGGGGGGGAGGCUGA